CACCAACUAAGUCACUAUCAGCAUCUCUAUCGCGUUCUUGAUCCACUACAAUACACCACAGUAUACCCUGCAUUGACUCACUCCUGCUCUCUGAUCAUCUCUCUGAUCAUGGUUGCAGUCUCCCUCGAAGACUCCCUCGCCCACCUCGCCUCAAUAUCCCCGCUCCUCCAAUCCCUCUACUCCCACACCCACUUCAUCCUCUACCACUUCUACCGCAUCGUCCUCCCUCCCCUCCGCUCUCUCACCUCCGACAACCCCGACCUCCUCUCCGUCGCACUCUUAAUUGUCAUCCUAUGGUUCUCGCUUCUUGUCGUCAACCAGGCUGUCCGCAUGGCCUACGGCAUCGUCGCGACCGCCGUUAAGAUGGCAGUCGUGGUCGCCGUCGUCGCUGUUGUUUUGUUCUUUGUCAAUAGCGAUCAGGUUGCCGAGGAUUCUAUGCAGUAUCAGCAGCAACAACAACAACAACAACAACAACAACAAGCAGCGAAUGGCCAGUACACAUGGCCUGUCGCGCGCAGAAUCUUUGAUCUCCUCAAUUUCAAGUGAUCUCAUAAUCUCAUCUCUACUUCUUUUGGACUUUUCUUUGGCUUAUUGGGAACGGAGUUUGUUUGCUAUCAAUUACCACUAUAUUUAUCCUUGCUUAAUCGAUU